GUUAGGUGAUUUAUCAUAAACUAUAUUGUGAAAAUGAAAAUCAUUUAUGCUUCUUUCUUUUGGACUUCCUGAAUUUCUUUUGGAAUUUCUUUCAUUCUUCUUUUCUUUCCUUUUGAAAAUUCUAUCAACAACGUCUUCAGGAAUUUCCGAUUUUUUUAUUAUUAUUAUUUAUUAUUCUUUAUUUGUUGUUUCUCAUAUUUCUUUUUUCCUUGCUUAUAAAUUUUCUUAAAUUUCUUUAUUUCCUUUUUUAUAUAUCUUUUGGAUUUUUUUUUUUCCUUUAUAAAUUUCUUUCUUUUUUGCAGAUAUUUUUUUUUUCUGUCUGAUUAUUUUUUUGUUUGUUUCUUUCUGGAUUUCGUUCAUUAAACAGUUUCAGCCACAGCAGUGAUUAAGCAAAGAUGGACAAUCACUGGUCAUAAUAAAUUUACAUUUACACCAUUUGGCAGACACCCUUAUCCCGGUGUUCAAUGCCCCAGCAGUGGCAGGUUGGGAUUUGAACUCACGACCUUCUGAUCAGUAGUCUAAAUUGUCUUAAAAGAAAUUCCCUCACUACAAUCAAGCACUUACAAAACUGACCCCACUCUCCCCUACACAUUGACUGGAGUUUAUAUAAUAUCAGAGAGUAAUUAUCAAGUAAUCUUUAGAAAGCAAAUAGCCUAACAUGGGCACCUGCUGGGGGGCGUGGUGUCUUAGUGGUUAGCACGUUUACCUCACACCUCCGUGGGUUGGGGGCUCUAUUCCCACCUCUGCCCCAUAUGCUUGGAGUUUCCUUGUUGUUCCCUGUGGGUACUCCGCUUUCCUCUGCCAGUCCAAAGACAUGUGCUGUAAGCUGAUUUCCUAAUUGUCCAUAGUGUGUGAAUGGGUGUGUGAUUGUGCCAUGCAAUGGGUUGGCACCCUGUCCAGGGUGUCCCCCACCUUGUGCCCCAAGUCCUCUGGGAUAGGCUCCAGGCUCCCUGUGACACUGUGUAGGAUAAGCGGUAUGGAAAAUGCAUGGAUGAGCACAAUCUCUUGCCUUAAUGAUCAAAUAUAAAUAUUAUGUUGAUAAGCUGAACACACCUUCUGAAAUGAAAUGAAACAUAAAGCACUUACAAUAAUACAAGUAUUUAUGGCUGGGGUUUUUGUGCUCUGGUCUAUGUUCGCUUACUGAAUUGAAUUUACUGAACACCCUGAGUGGCUCAAUGGAUUUUUUUUUUAUUGUCCAGGAGAUGUCAGUGUAGAGCUUGGUGUCAAAUGAUUCCAGGUUAAAGUACGAACCAGAAAGAAGACUCUCUUUGGAAAAGUCUUAUUGUCUUAAUCCAUACUCCCGUCAGGUGUCCAAUUACUACAGUCCGCUUCUGACACAAAAUUACUGUCUGACGUUAAAUUCAGGCAAAAGUAAUUGAGAGAGCCUUUCCUUAACCGAAGUGUGAAGUAUGAAAUAGUGCUGGUUUUAAUGGUUUGGCAUUUGUGCAGCUCUUUAUUAGCCGAGAAUUCAAUUGAAAUCACUAUGUUUAAUGAAAUAAUUAGUUAUUCAGGUCUACAAAUAUUUGUAAAUGCAUUUUUUUUUCAACAAGAGAACAUUAAAUAAAACAGAUUUAAUGUGUUUAUUGUAGUAAAAAAAAGAAAAGCAUGAUUUGUUUUUGAGCCUCAUGGAAAUCGAAAUGGAAAUUAGAACUGGCCCAUUGGACAAAAAAAAAAAAAAAACCAACAACAACAUUGUUGACGUCAUGUGAGAAAGAUGCUUUGCAUGAGCGCUAAUAUCUGACAAAACCUCAUGAUAAGAACAAUCUCUUGCCAGACAUUAGAAGAAGCUCUGAGGGCGUAGAGUUCCUUCUUUUUCGAAUUCUCCUUCGAGUUACCUUCCUACGAAGAGUUGCCUGGUAACACAUCAGACAUCAUGACGAUGACUCUGUUCCAACUCCUGGCAUUCGCAGGCUUUGUCGGCUUUGUCCUGUCUGAAUCCCGAAAGUACUAUUUGAUCCAUGAGAUGAAAGCAUGGAAUGAUGCCCUGGCUUACUGCCGAGCCUCACACACCGACCUGGCUAUCAUCAAAAGCAGUGAUGACAUGGUCCGACUUCAAAAUGAAGCACAGAGGCAACGUUUCAGUUCCGAAGCUUGGAUUGGCCUGUAUAAUGACAUCAACAGCUGGCGCUGGUCCUUUGACAACGAGCCACUGGGAUUUGAAAAUUGGGAUUCGAUCUUCCAACAGCCUAACAACAGAGACGGACAUGAAGAAUGUGUUGCGGCUUUCUGGUACGGUCGUUGGUACGAUGCACCAUGUGACACUGUACUGCCCUUCGUGUGCUUUGAUGACAGGAACUUUACUGCUUCCCGGUACAUUUACAUCUCUAAACCUCCGAUGAACUGGUCUGAUGCUCAGAGUUACUGUAGACAGCAUUACACAGACCUCGCCAUCAUCAAAAACUCCAUUGAAAGUGUAGCUUUUCAGAACAUUUUGACUACUUCUGCUUGGUUAGGCCUGUUCCGAGACUCCUGGAAGUGGAUAAAUGAGACCAACAUGUCCACCAUUAUGUGGGCGCCUGGGCAACCUGAUAAUAAGAAUGACAAUGAACUCUGUGGGUUUGUAACUAACAGCCAGGCAGCUGAUGCGCCGUGCUCAGACACCAAGCCUUUCUUCUGUUACUCAGAUAUCACAGGAAGAAAACAAACCAUAAGAGUGAAGAUCCAGUCCAAACAGGAUGUAAACGAUCCUGCGUUCAAGGCGGCCAUCUUAGAGAAAAUCAAGGAGAAACUGAUGGAUCAUGGGAUGCCAGAGAACACCACAGUGAAUUGGUUAAAGCAGCCUGGCGGUGUGGUGUUUCACAAGGAAGAAUAUAAUAAUAAUAAUGACACAGAAAAGAAGACUUAGGAAUCAUCUGACCUCUAAGUCUUUAGUCAUGUGUCAUUGCUUACUUAUGUCAUGUGCUAGUAACUCAAUAAAAAAAAAAGAAUGAAAGAAAUCAGCUGGGUCUAAUUCAGCAGUAAGAGAGCACAUAUUGCACUCAUUUUCAAGUCUUUACAGGUACCUGUUAGUUUCCUUAUUGAUUUCAAAUCCUUUGAUUAGUUUGCUUAUCGUUAUAUGUGGUGGGAAAAGCUCUGUAGGUGUGUAGUCCAGCCCCUCAGAUCUGCUCAGAGGAACUUCUUCUGGAAGUGUUCCACAAAGUACAUAAAAUGAGAACUUUUGGUGAAGCAGCAUUCAGGUGUUGUGCAUCCAGGGUUUGAUAUUUUUAAAUGUACAAUCAAACCUUUCAUGUUUCACUUUAGAUGUAGUUAAUAUACGUAGCUUUUAAUUUAUAUUGCUUUUAUUAUAUUUUGUAGUCUUCCUGUUAAUUAUUAUAGUACAUUAUAGCUGUUUUUUUUUUGUUUUUGUUUUUUUGCUUGUUUGAUGUAUGUAUUUACAUUUAUUUAAGGUUAUAUUAGUCUUGGUCAUCUGAUUUUUCUGUUCUUUUUUCAUCAUUUUAUUGUAUAUCAAUUAUGAUAACUUUUUUCAGUUGGAUCCUUUUAUAUUCUUUU